ACGAGUUUGAUUUCUACCUUUGCAGUUUUCCAUUUAGCAGAUUUCUGUUGCAUUGUUACAAUCGAUUUAACAUGCAAGUUGUUGAAAUAUCUAAUAAAAAUGGGUUUUUUUGGGUCUCUGGUUAUUUUUCCAUUAAUUAGCUGUGCUAUGGAGCCUUCCUUAGAGUGGAUUGAUCUCUUGUUUAUGGGACUUUGGGUAUGCGUACAAUGAUUGUUCAAUCCUAUGUACAUAACAUAUAUGGCUUCAGUGUCUUAUCAGCGAGAACAUUUAUGUUUUAACAUCUUUAUAUGAUGAGAUUGAUGAGAAUCAAUUAAUUUAUUAUUAUUAUUUUUUAAAUAGGCAUCAUGAUAUAGGUAUUUGGUUUAUUUUCAAAAAUUUCAUUUUUUGGGAGGAAUAAUGAUUUUUUCAGUUUUACAACCAUAUAUUGAUUGUUUAUUGUAGAAAAUUUGAUUUAUUGGCCUCAAGUUUGAUGAUAUUUUGUGCUAUUUUACAUUUCUUUGCUUUGAAUAGUUGCAUGUAAGCCAAGGUAUAUCUUGCUUGAUUCAUACCUUGAUUUUGAGGUUAUGUAUGCCUUGUGGUAUUGGUUGGUCUUUUUGUCACAUCUUGCUAUAGAAUUUUCUUUUUUCUACCUUGUUCAAUCACUUUAUUGCGACUAUUAUUUUGUCUUUCUAGGCAUUUGUAUCUAUUGGGUGUAUUAUUGCUUCCAAUUAAUUGUGCUUCUUCUAUUUAGUUUCAGGGUCGUACAUAGAAACAUUUUGCAUAGUAUUUAUUUCAGCUAGAUUCUUAAUUCUAUAAGUUAUUUUGAGGGACUAAUUGAUUAGAUGUCAAGUUUUUCAUUUGCAAUCUAGAUUUUUUUUUUGACAAGAUCUAUUGUGAUGUGUGCUUGUUUAGUCCUUGAGUAGAUAAAAUAUGGAAGGUUUCCUAGAUCUCUUGUUAUGUCGAUGUGGAACUUUCUUUUUGGCUUGGAGUUUUGUUGAGCUUGCACUAAUGGAUGUUGAUAGUGCAAGAGAGGGAGAAAAAGUUGAUCUCAUCAUGCAGGAGAAGCACAAUAUAAGACCUCAAAUUGGCAUUGAAGAGCUUGAUCCAUGGACAGCAUGGGCAUACAAACCUCGCACGAUCACUUUGCUUUUUAUCGGGGCAUGCCUUUUGGUUUGGGUAAGUGGAGCACUUAGCCCAGAGAGCAAUGCAUCUACUGAUAGUGUUACAAGUGUAAAGAGGGGUGUGUGGGCUAUGAUUUUAGUCUUUCUUGCUUACUGCUUGCUUCAAGCACCCUCAACCAUUUUAAUUCGUCCACAUCCUUCGGUAUGGCGAUUGGUUCAUGGAUUGGCAGUAGUCUACCUUGUCGCUCUAACCUUUCUGCUUUUUCAGAACCGUGAUGAUGCACGGAAGUUCAUGAGAUUUCUUCACCCAGAUCUUGGAGUUGAGUUACCUGAAAGGUCAUAUGGCACUGAUUGCCGAAUAUACACACCUGAGAAUCCAAAAAGCAGGUUUAACAGUGUUUAUGAGACAUUGUUUGAUGAAUUUGUCCUUGCACAUAUUUUUGGAUGGUGGGGUAAGGCUAUCAUGAUAAGAAACCAACCUCUGUUGUGGCUUUUGUCUAUUGGAUUCGAAGUGAUGGAGCUCACUUUCCGCCAUAUGCUGCCAAACUUCAAUGAAUGUUGGUGGGACAGUAUUAUUUUGGAUAUUCUAAUCUGCAAUUGGUUUGGCAUUUGGGCUGGAAUGCGCACUGUUAGGUACUUUGAUGCUAAGACUUAUGAAUGGGUUGGUUUAAGCCGGCAACCAAACAUCAUUGGUAAGGUGAAAAGAACAUUGGGCCAGUUUACACCUGCUCAAUGGGAUAAGGAUGAAUGGCACCCUCUUCAAGGACCAUGGAGGUUCAUCCAAGUUCUUACCCUGUGUGUUGUGUUCCUCACUGUUGAGCUUAACACUUUCUUUCUUAAGUUCUGCCUUUGGAUACCACCUGGAAAUCCUGUUGUGAUUCAUAGAUUGAUCUUAUGGUGGCUGAUUGCAAUACCCACCAUUCGCGAGUACAACUCCUACUUGCAGGACAGGAAGCCAACGAAGAAGAUAGGAGCAUUCUGUUGGCUUUCAUUAGCAAUCUGUAUAGUGGAACUCCUUAUAUGCAUCAAAUUUUGCCAUGGUCUAUUUCUCAACCCUAUGCCUCCAACAUGGCUGAUAAUCUUUUGGGUAUCCAUGGCGAUAAUGCUGGUGGUCUUCUUGCUGUUCUGGACAUGGCAAAAUCAUCGCGCUCUGCGCAAAAAGAGGCAAUGAUUCCCUAUUUGAAUUCUCAUCUUUCAAUUGUUUCUUCUAAGCUUUGAAUGAUUUCUUCUUUGAUUUCUUGUUCAUAGAAGCCUUGUACAUGUUUAUAUAAAUGCCUACACUUGCUUCUUAACUCAUUUAUCUGAGCUAUCCUUCUUUUGCCUUUGGAAUAGUUCUUUGUUCUAAUCCUAGUUUUACUCACUGAGCUGUUCAUUUUGUAUAAUGGUACCUUGUACAUAUUCAUUAAGAAGAGCUUUAUGUGGAAGGGAAUUGCUU